CAUCGUCUCUUUUUUUCUCCCCCCAAUUCAUACCGACUUCUCUCUCCGCAAAUUUGCGAAGAGACAAUCCGGCACAAUGGCUGGAAGUCAGAAAAAGUCCACCAAGAAGUUCGAGAAGAAGCAUUUGAAGGAUGUUCUCGAGCGUCGGAAGGAAACCGCCAAGAUCAAGCAGCGCAACCAUCUGAAGGAGAAGCGUAAGGCCGACAAUGCUAAACAGAGAGCGGAGCGGGAUGAAGAUGCGGAGGAGAGCCCCGAGCAGGUUCAGAAGCAGAACGCUUUCGCGGAAAUGAACGUCGACGACUUCUUCGCGGGCGGAUUCGACAUCCCCGAUUCAGCAGCUGAGCUGAGCAAGAAGGGCCGCAAGAAGGCCGUCACCACCAAGAUCGGCAAGCGCAAGCGCUCGGACGAACAGAAGGACGACGAGGAGGAGGAGGCUGCUUCCAGCGGUGCAGAGGAAGUCGGUAGCGGCCCGGACGACUUCGAGGCGCACAAGGACCAGCUGGAGGCAUUGAAGGAGAAGGACCCGGAGUUCUACAAAUACCUGAAGGAGAACGACGCCGAGCUGCUUGACUUCGAAGACCACGGAGACCUGGCCGAGGUCGACCAGCUGAGCGAGGGAGAGGAGGAGGAAGGACCGGCCAAGAAGAAGAAGAAGGGUUCCAAGGCCAAGGCGGAGGAUGAAGAGGAGGAGGCACCGGACAACACGCUCACCAUCGAGAUGGUCCAGAAGUGGCAGAAGCUGAUGGAGGAGCAGCACUCAAUCCGCGCGAUGCGCCAGGCCGUCCUGGCGUUCCGCGCGGCGGCUUACGUCAACCAGGGCGACGCACAGGAGCAGAAGUACACGAUCUCCGACUCGAACGUUUAUCACCAAGUGCUCGUCACGGCACUCGGUCACAUUCCCCGGGUGCUGUCGCACCACCUGCCCGUCAAGGAGAGCGCGUCCGGCAAGGUGCGGGUGUCGAUGGACUCGAAGAAGUUCAAGACGCUCACGCCGCUGAUCAAGUCGCACACCUCGUCGGUGCACCAACUGCUGACCAACCUGUCGGACGAACAGACGCUGAAGCUCACCCUCUCCUCGAUCGAACCCAUGCUCCCCUACCUCCUCCAGUUCCGCAAGCUCCUGAAGGUGCUCAUCAAGACGAUCGUCAGCAUCUGGGCGGACGUGUCAACAACCGAGGCGACGCGUAUCACAGCCUUCCUCAUCCUGCGACGACUGAUGGUGAUCGGCGACGCAGGCCUGAAGGAAGCGGUGCUGAAAGCCACAUACGAAGGCGUAGUCAAGGGCAGCCGCAACACGACCGUGCACACCCUGGCGGGCGUGAACCUGAUGAAGAACUCAGCGGUCGAGCUCUGGGGCAUCGACCAGAACGUGUCCUACACGACAGGGUUCAGCUUCAUCCGCCAACUGGCCAUGCACCUACGCAGCAGCAUCACCAACACAUCAAAGGACAGCUACAAAACCGUCUACAACUGGCAAUACGUGCACUCCCUAGACUUCUGGUCGCGAGUCCUCUCGCAGCACUGCGACGCGCUCGUGGAAGCACAAGCAGGCAAACCGUCCGCGCUACGACCACUGAUCUACCCAGUGGUGCAAAUCACACUGGGAGCGAUGCGCCUGAUCCCGACAGCGCAGUACCUGCCCUUGCGCUUCCAACUGACACGGGCACUGCUGCGCAUCUCGCGCACCACAGGCACCUACAUCCCGCUGGCGGCGGCGCUGCUGGAGGUGCUGAACCUAGCGGAGAUGCGCAAGGCGCCCAAGACCAGCACGCUGCGGCAGCUGGACUUCGCGACGGCGAUUCGCGCGCCCAAGUCGUACCUGCGCACGCGCGUCUACCAGGACGGCGUGGGCGAGCAGGUCGCCGAGUUGCUGGCCGAGUUCUUCGUCCUCUGGACCAAGCACAUCGCCUUCCCCGAGCUGAGCGUCCCCAUCGUCGUCGCCCUCAAGCGCUGGCUCAAGACCGCCUCCGCCCGCGGCCCCGCCGGCAACAAGAACACAAAGAUCAACCAGAUGCUCCUCCUGCUCGUCCAGAAGGUCGAGGCUAACGCCCGCUGGAUCGAGGACAAGCGUCUCGCUGUCACUUUCACCCCGCGCAACCGCGCUGACGUCGAGUCCUUCCUUAAGGAUGUUGACUGGGAGAGCUCCCCGCUCGGCGCCUUCGUCAAGUCCCAGCGGAAGCUCCGCGAGGAGAAGGCUGCGCUGCUUGAGAAGGGCCGUCUCGAGGAGGAGAAGCGCCGCGCUGAGGAGAAGGCUGAGGCUGCUAGGGAGGCUGCUAUGGAUGAUGCUAUCCGUGAGAGCGAUGAAAGUAGUGAUGAUGAUGACGAUGAGGAGGAGGUUGAUGGGGCUGGUGCCUCAUCGGAUGAGGAUGGAAGUGAGGAGGAGGAGGAGGAAGAAGAAGAGGAAGAGGACGAGGAUGAAAUGGAGUUCGAAGAGGAGGAGGAUUAGAUUAGACCAGGCCCGAGCUUUUCUUAAUGUCCUUUUGUCUUAUACCUUAUACUCUAUGUAGCUAUCGGGAUCACCACCGCGUUCAGUCC